AUGUUAGAGGAGCAGAUUCGUCAGGGAUUCAGUCCACUGUUAGCCGUACUCACGUCGGAUGCUGUUGAGCGUAUCGCUGCGAAGAAUAACCUAAGCUUCACCGAUCUUCUGUUACCCUUCGCCACGGUUAAUUGCACCAUAAAGGAUCCAUCCGGAUCAUCCGUCACUUCGCGUAUAUUCUUUGAUUUUCGAGAUCUUCGACGAGACGGGUUUCUUCUCAGCUUGACGGUUCUGCCAUCCGUUUUACAUGAAGCUGUUUCCUCAGUUGCUUCCACAUCGGAUUCGGAGCCCGAACUUGCUUCAUCAACUUUCAGUGAAGCACUGCUGAAAUGGUCUGAGCCAGCGGAGCAUGAAUUUUUGCGAACAUAUAUUGGCUGCUUGUUCGUUGUUUCCAGUGAUGAUGAUGAUCCCGAGCAACAACUGGCCAAACUCAUCGCUUUGCAACAUGAACAGCAGGUAAACUUGAAUAUUUUGUACAAUAACGAUUAUGGUUGA